AGCUAACUAACAAAUAUUAAACCACAUGUUCUAUUUUUUGAAAAUGUUUCAGCACAUGCUGAGGCGCUUGAAGUGGCUCGGCUUAAAGCAGAGCGUGCCGCGCUUUAUGCCGCUGCUCAUCUGGCUGCGUUAUCUGGAGCAGGCAAUGCAGUCGACGAUUCUGAUACGUCUGGAGCCGACGACUUUCAAUGUUGAUAUCCACAGCUACCAUUCAAUUGGCGCUCUCUAUGUGAUAUGCCUGGCUGGACUGGCGGUCAGUGGCUUGUUGCUCGUCGGCCAUUGCCGCAAGGAGACGUGGGGCGUGUCAUUGCUGUUGCUGCAGCGUGUGCUGCAAUUCUUUGUGUUUGGACGCUGGACGCUGCGCUUUGUCUACAGCAUGUGCCUGGACAUGGGCUGUGUAUUGUUGUUGCUGCUCUCCAAAGCCUGCAGCCAGCAUUUGCGGCAGCAGCGUCGACUGCAGCUGCUGCUGCUGCUAGCGCGCAUCUGCAUGUGUGGCAAGUUCUUGCUGUGGCGCAGCGAACAGCAGAAGUACAUCAGCGACUAUAUCAGUCUCUGCUGCCUCCUGCUCACGCUCUGCGGUCUCUACUGCAGGCAAAUUGCCAAACUGAGCAUGUUCCUCUUGCUGUUGCGUCUGGGCAUUGAAUACAAAUUCUGCUGGAUUGAUCCCACUAUCAAUCUGCUGCUCUUGAGCUCCACGCUCUGCAAGCUGAGCGGCUUCUAUUUGCUCUCCCAACUGGGUCCUGGCAAUUGGUCAUUCGAUGCCUGGCGGCUGAAUCAGCGCGCCUGAAGUUUUGUCCAAACGAAAGCGUCAAAUCAAGUUUCAUAUUUCAUUUACUCACAUUUCAUUUAUCAUUAAAAUAAAAAGC